UAUUCUUCUUGAAACAAGGGCAUGAAUGUCACCAAAUCAUUUUGACACCAAAAUUUCAGGGUGUACUUCACAAAUGUGAAAAUUUGCUUUUGAAUAGCAGAAAGGCAAAACAAAUGGCUACUGCUCUGCUAUCCACUGCUAGCUUUCUCCCUUCACAAAUUUAUGCAGAUAGGGAAGUGACUGGACUUCUAGUGAACUUGAAGAGUUCUUUCUAUGGCAAAGUGAUACAUAAUCGAAGUCUUUUGAGUAGAGAAGUUGGCAGAACCCACGGAGGCCGAGUUGUGAUUGUCUCAGUGCUUGGAAGGAAGGCACAAAAGAGAGAGACAGUUAUUCCUGAACCGGAUUACCGAAUACCAGUUGUCUUAAUCGGUUUAGCUGGUGGAUUGGCAUAUUCCAAUAAUCUGUUACCAGCAGCACCAGUUGGUCUCCUUGGAUUGCUCUUAUUGUUCCAGACAACAAGAGUGAGAUUUGUCUUUGAUGAUGAGGCUCUGGAGGUCAAAGUAGGAGACCAGCUUGAGGAAUCAGGUGAAAAUGUAUUCGUAGGUGGAAAAAACCGUUGGAAGUAUUCAACAUUUGUGAAUUGGGAACUAUGGUGGCCAAAUUUCCCUAUUCUGGUGUAUUUUAAAGAGAGUCAAACAAAACCUGAAGGACAAGUACACUUCUUCCCAGUUAUUUUUAAUGGUAAGCAACUUUAUGAUGUUAUGGUGGAGAGAGCUGGCCCCUCAAAAACCAGUGGACCAAAACAAUCCUAAAAGCUUGACUUUCACGAUCAUAACUAUCAAGCAGUCUGGUUGAUAUUUAAUGAGGAUCGCAUGUUGCUUCUGCUGGUUAAAGCUUGAAAUUGUACAUAUUUUGGCCAAAUAUUGUACGAACCAGUCAUCGAUAUCCUAUAUAUCCUGAUACAUUUUGUAAUUUAGAAUCAAUUUUAGCUAGUGGAAUUCUACGUAUCGCACAGGGCUUGUUGCUAUCAGUAGUAAAAAUUCUAUAUAGAAAUUAUUGAUGGGUAUUCUUCUGAACAAUUGUGAUUUAACAAUUACCAGGCAUUGUUUGAUUCCAAA